GUUAUGCUAGCUGGCGACUAUGACGACGGCGGCCCAGGCCUCGUGAUGCGCGACUUAGACUACACCAACCGGGGGCAGGGGCACUACUACUUCUUUUACGAGAAUAACCGCGACGACCGCCCAUGGAAGUACACUCUGCUCAACCCCGGCGUCGAGGUGUUCAUCUCGGUGUGCGCGACGUUUGCCGGGCGCAUCGUGCGCGGCAGCCCGGCGGAGAACCUCGACGGCACGGUGGCGCACAACCUGGGGACGUGGGUGGAGGUGGCGUGGGACGGGCCGCCGACGCGGACGUCGUGGGGCGACGUGUCGCUGCUAGAGGGGUGCGACGGGGCGGCGAUGCUGGCGGCGACGGACGGCAGCGGCGUGGCGACGGGCUUCAGCGCCAACAUCCUCACGGGCGCGCCGUACGCGGCCCUGGCUAGCAAGACGGACGGUGGCGUUGUGCUCGACAAGACGGUCGGCUACGGCGCCAAUUUUGCGGCGACACAGUACGAGCUCGGCCUGCUUGACCCGACCACCGACGCCUUCAUCGUGCAGGCCUACAAGCCCGUCAUCGCCACCACCAAUGGCCGCUGGGACUUGACUCUUUAUCCGGGGACGUACUGA